GGGGGGUAGUGGGGGGAUACACUUGGCUCAGUGAUAUCCUGUGAGACUGCCUGGGGGUAGCGUCCAGCCCCUGUCCCCUGGAGCCUGAGCCCCUGCUGCAUUUGCAGGAGGAGAACCAGAGCUGGCCUGGCUGUGGCCUAGGGGCAGGAAAUGGUACCAUCCACACUGGGACAGGUGCUUGCCGUCGGCUUGGGGUGGGGACCUGGAGGUUUCUAAUCCAUAAUUAAUAGAGCUGGUGACAGUUCUGAUGGCUGAUUAGCCACAGGAUCACAUUCUGGGCGUGUAAUUUAUCCCCCUCAGUGGCCCUUGGCCGCAAGAUCAAGCUUGGUGCUGAGAAUCAAAGAUUAAUGCGACAAGGGGGGAAAUUCAAGUUUAGGAAGUUGCAGUUUGGAGGAAAGCAACUGGUGGCCUCACCCCAGCCUGUGGUGUCCAGACCCAGGGUGGUCAUCAAGGAGGGAGCAGUUCACACUCGCGGGGAGCUUUUGAUCUGGGGUCACGGGUCUUAAUACAACCCAUGAGGUGAGGAAGCUAGUUCUAGUUCACAGAAACGGAAACAAGCUCAUGGGGCUCAAACUUCAUGCCUGCGUCGCUCUGGUAAAUACUGGGUCUGGUUUGAAUCCGGGUUGGUUGGACUCCAGAGCAGUGGGUUUCUCCCAAAUACCCUGUUCCCUUAUUCAACCUGAAUUUUCCUUGGAAGAUUUGGCCCAAAUCCUAGGUCUUUUGCGUCUCUUAAGUUGUUCUCACCGACAUCCAGGAGAGUGGGUCUGCUCCCCGGACCCUGCCACGCCAAAGCUGCCCGGUGCUCUAGGCUCAUUCCUCUGCCCGGACCUUCCGGGAAGCUGAGACCCAGAGAGAGGGCUGACGACAGAAACCGGGAGACAGACGUGAGGUCCACACUGCAGCUGGCCCCCCUUUCUCUCUCCCCAGCCUGCCUUUACGCCCCAACUUAGGCAAAGCCCCUCAAGUUCUUGUGGGGCUCAGCCCCUCCCCUUCUCUGGGGCCCCCAGUGCCCCUCGGGGCCCUGCAUCCCACCAUGUCAGUGGCCGUGGAGACCUUCGGUUUCUUCAUGGCAGCGCUGGGGCUGCUGAUGCUGGGGGUGACCCUGCCACAUAGCUACUGGCGAGUGUCCACCGUGCACGGGAGCGUCAUCACCACCAAUACCAUCUUCGAGAACCUCUGGUUUAGCUGUGCCACCGACUCCAUGGGAGUCUACAACUGCCGGGAGUUCCCGUCCUUGCUGGCCCUCUCUGGGUACAUCCAGGCCUGCCGGGCGCUCAUGAUCACCGCCAUCUUCCUGGGCUUCCUGGGCCUCUUCCUAGGCAUGGUGGGGCUGCGCUGCGUAAACAUUGGGAGCAUGGACCUCUCCCGGAAGGCCAAGCUGGCGGCCACUGCGGGGGCCCUACACAUAUUGGCUGGUUUCUGCGGGAUGGUGGCCAUCUCCUGGUACGCCUUCAACAUCACCCAGGAAUUUUUCGACCCCGUGUAUGCAGGGACCAAGUACGAGCUGGGCCCCGCCCUCUACCUGGGCUGGAGCGCCUCCCUGCUCGCCAUCCUGGGCGGCCUCUGCCUCGGCUCCGGCUGCUGCCGCUCUCCCGACGCGGCCCCGGCUCCCAGGCUCCCCUACGAGGCCUCCGCGGUGCGGUCCCCCGGCCUCACUGACCACCUGCGCCCCGCGGCCUCGGACGAAGGCGACAGCACCUUUGGCAAGUAUGGGAAGAACGCUUACGUGUAGGACGCCAGUGGACCCCCAUUCCCCUCCCAGUGCCCCGGGCGGAGAGCGGUCUUCCAACCCCGGGGUGCAGGCCACGCCCCGACUCCGCCCCGUGGUCGGAAGCUACGCCCAGCUCUGACCGCGCCUCCGGCCCCGCCUCCUCCGUCUGGUCGAGAAACCGCCUCCUGAGAACUCACCUCGGACUCCUGGGGCAGGACCUUCUCGGUCUGGGCGCUGGUUGGUUAAGGGGGCGUAGGCGUCCCCGACCGUUUGUAUUCUGUAUAAAUACGUGCAUAAAUAAAUUUGUACUAUAAACUGUUCA